AUGUGGCAGCUCUAUUUCUUGUGGACAGUGGAGGGGUCUUGGUGCCAAGCCCUCGACAAUACCUGCAGUGGGCAGCGCCACAAUCUGGUCAAACAGGUGCCGCCAACUCUCAACGGCAAGGGGAAACCUGCACGCUUUUUGGAUUGGGAUGGUGAUGGCGACACUGAUGCUUUGGUCAAAGACGGAGACGGCGGGAUUUGGCUAUAUGAACGGCUCGCCAACGACACUUUUGACAAACAGGCGCUGGUGAUGUUCACACCUGUGGAAGGGCAAACGCAAAGUGGUUUUGAAGUUGUUGAUUGGAACAGUGACGGGGAACUGGACCUCCUGCACUGCAAAGUGGUGGAAAACAUGGUGACAGUGAGUUUCUUGAGGCGUUCGUUUUUUCAUGGUUUUCCGGCAUUGAACGAAUCGAACUUCGAAACAACCGUGCUGUUGACGAAUGGGUCGCGAUGUGAAAUGCUUGCCGUCGAUUUUGAUGAAGAUGGUGAUGUAGACCUCAUCCUUGGUGAAACGGUGAGGAGGUGGCAAUGGAAGUAUGGCAGGUAUUUUGAACGCGUUGCCGCCCAACUGGUGGAACGAGUGGGCCUAGAGAAUCCUUUACUAAGAUUUGGCACUGUACUGGCAAUGGCAGACAUGGAUGGUGAUGGGCGUUUGGAGGUGUUGACGGAAGGUUGGGUCUCAGCUGGUUCGCACUCCAGGGACGUUCGUUUCAAUUACUUUCGCCGUGCUGCCGAUGGUAGCUUUGUGGAGCCGGCUGACAACCCUCUCGCCGACAUCAAGAUCGGGAGCCCCGAUCGUAAGAGCCGGGGCCCGCUAGGCACUACGACAGCCACAACGUGGCCACCACCUUCACUGGUGGGAGGAAACCCUCGUGCAAAGGGCAUCUGGCUCUGCGAACUUGUGACAGGACGUGCAGUUGCAGGUGAAUUUUGUAUUGGAAAGGUGAAGUGGGUGAAACCAGAGAGAGCCACCAAAGCACCCGUUCGUGAGGAAGGAAAGAAGAGGAAAAAACAACAACUCGAGAAGCUCGAAUUUAAGCAAGAAGAGAUCCAGGGAGACAAGAUCAGUGCGUUGGUUGCGCGGUGGAGGUUCUGGGAGCUGGCAACCUAUAGUGGGCAGAGCUUCGCAGAGCAACAUGGUGAAGGAGGAGCAGAGUGGAGCGCCAGGAGGUUCUAUCCAAAGCUUUGGAAGAUCGAGGCGAUGGCGGAAGAGAGUUUGAGACUCAUCUCAACAGCCUUGGAGAGGCUGGCUGGGAUUAUUGAGCGAUCAGACCAGUCAGUUGAGUGUGGAAGUGAGGAGCCAGAGGAUGAAAUGUUCUAUGAUUGCUUGGAACCAACAGUCUGGGCACUUCAAGGAGGCCCCAUCGUUGCACUGGAUCUACAACAGGUGGAAACUGAAGAGACCGCUUUUUACAUGAUCCAGAUGGUCAGCGUGCCAGAAAUGGAGGAAGAAAAAUGCCAGCUUUUCCCCACCGGGAUUGGGGUCAACACCACGGGCAACUUUUCUUUCUUGGGGGCUGCCAUUGGAGAUGAGGCAUAUUGCAAUCGCCACACAUUUUCGACACGAGUUGAGCCGGCCAAGCCAUGCCUCCAAGCCUUGGCCGAUCUCCCAGAUGCCCAGACGGCGAUGCUCCUCCUCCGGCAUUGCCAGUCUCACGUCAAACUCACCCACGCCAUGCGGGUCACGCCCCCUCACGGCCAUGGCCCAGCGCUUCGAGCCUUUGAUGAGCAGGUGCAAGCCUGCCUCGAACAAAUUGGGGGGCUGCCCUUGACCCAGAACACCUGGCUACAAGCCAGUCUCGCUAUCAAAGCUGGCGGGCUGGGUCUUCGCAGCACUGCCUUGCAUGCCCCUGCGGCCUACAUUGCGUCCAUCACCCAUCUUGCUGCCUCGUGCACGGAGCUUGACCCUACCUAUCGGGUGGUGCCUCCCCCGGUCCACCAGGCUUUGACCUCAUACAACCAAGUUGUUUUGCCUGAGGACCAAAUCCACUCGUUGGCCCCGUCCUACCAACAACGGGACUUGUCGGCCACCGUGGACAAGGCGCAGCAGGCGCACUUGAUAGCUGCCACCACUGGCGAAGCAGCCAAAGGCCACCUCCAACUGGUCCAACAACCCGGGGCCGGAGCGUGGCUCACUGCCCUACCAGCUGACAAUCUCGGCCUUCACAUCAACACCCAUUUGUUCCGAGUUCUCCUCCGACUGAGAUUGCGCCUUCCCAUUGCACCGUCCGACGGCUUUUGCCCUCUUUGCGAUGGGGUGGCGGAUUCCUUUGGGACCACGCUCGAGUAUGCCCAUUUGGCUGCCGCUGGCCUCAGCCCAGAGCUAGAGAAACCUGGCUUGCUUCCUGCUCGGCCGGAAGAUUCGGGCCUAUGCGAAGCUGGAGUGUCGUUGAACCAGGCUUCCGCACGUCGACCUGCCGACGUGUGGGUUCCAGGCUGGGGGCUCCAUGGCCCGGCUGCCUUCGAUUUUGCAGUUUCCAGCGGACUUCGCUCUGGCGUGCUCCCUUCUACUGUUGGCCAUGGCGGCCAUGCUGCGCUGGUUUACGAGGAGCGUAAACGCAUGCACCAACGAACCGAAGCCCAGUGCCGGGCACAAGGCUUACAGUUCUUGCCUAUAGUUGCCGAAGGAUGCGCUGGGGGUUGGGGGCCCACGGCCAUGGCUGUCUUCCGGCAAUUGGGGAGCUUCCUCGCUGCUCGAACCGGUGACUCCACCAGCAAGAUGACUGAGCAAUUGAUGCAAGGUUUGAGCAUCACCUUGCAACGGGAAAAUGCCAGAGCCGUCGUCCGCCGCCUCCCCGACGACUCUGCUUCCUUCAACGCUUUGUCCGAGCCAUGA